AUGGAAAGCUCCCACCACUAUCUGGGCAUGUUUCCCCCAGUCUAUCCAACAGGGCUUGCACCAUACCCACAACCUGUGAUACCAGCGAAACGAGAGGAUGACGACGUCCAAUUCGUAUCUUCCAAUCCUGUCAAGAAGAGGAAGAUCGAUGGCUAUCGGCUGGUCACGCCACAUUCCACCACAGACUCACCGGCGGCGGGGACUCCCACCCCCAUCAACAACCAGCCAUCCGAGCCCGCCAAGCCAAUCUCUCAGCCGGAACGACGGGGAAGCACGGGCAUGGUCGAUCACUCACCCACGGCCCGUUUGCCGGACGUUGACCCGAUGAGAGGAUGCUCCAUGCCGACUCCAGAGAGGGCCUGUCAUUCCGAAUCAUUCUGGACUGCACCGUCUACUGGACCACAGUGCUCACCACCGGUGUCUCCCAAAUCACUUCCCGAACAUAUUUCGCCUUCCAUACUCGGAAUUGACAAGAAUGAUGGAUCUGCACCUGUUUGCACGAGCGGAACCAACGAAACGGUGGCUGAUGUUCCCGCGCCGAUCCCGCCAGGUAUGCUGUCGUCCAUGACUUCACCUCAUGUGUAUCAAGCGCAACUACCAGGAGAACAAGGUACGCCGAGUCAGAUGCAAGCAGAGACCGAGAACCACGCUGAGACUGCAAAGGAGACACCCACGGCUCCCUCAAUCUCCACAGCUCCCAUGCUAGCUGGUAUCACUGACCUGGGCAAGAUUAACUCUAUGCCCGCAUCAGAAGCAGACGGCACAAUUAUCUUGCAACAGACAGCUGAGUCUGGGCCAACGCUGAACCACUCCAAUGCCGAGACGGAGUCGAAGAAUGACCUUCGCGAUCUCUUGGAUCAGCAGGUACACCUUCACAGUUCCAAGAUCAACGACCCCCCUUUCCCCUUCCAUACCCAUACUCAUCAGAACAUACAUACGUCAAACCCGCUGAAUGCUGAUGUUCACAACACCGCUCAUGGCGCGUCGGAUAUCCAGACCGGGGCUUGCGCUGAUCGCCCUGCGUCGGGAGCAAAGGCGCCAUGCCGUCAGUGUGUGGAGGCGAGGUUGAGGCAGCAGGCUGCCAACAUGACAGUCAACUCAGGCUUGCCAAACGGCACAAAUGCAUCUGCCCCCAGUCAGGCUCCCCUUCCACCGUCGUCUCUGCAGCAACCUUGGACAAACCUCUUGAGACUCAAUCCGUACCAUAACGCGAUGGCUGGGGCCAUGUACAACCCGCUCUUGCAACAAUCCUUGAUGGCUGGACCAGCUGGUCACUUUGCAGUCCAUCCGCAACAGCCGCAUCUCGGUGCCGGGAUUCCUCCCCAACAGCCAGCGGGACACAUGUUCCAUCUCGGACCUCCUUCGCCAGUCCCGCAAACACCGGCGUACGUCACGCAACAGCCGCCUAUCCAAGCAGCCAAACCAGAAGCAGCAACCAUCUCGAAACCUCAGUCAACCAGAGUCCCCGACACGCAACCGACGACCAAACACAUCAUUGUCGACAUCGCAGACACAUGCCUCAACAUGUUCCCGUUCCAAGAGGUGGCGAAGCGACAUAACCAACCGGAACAGAAGAUACGGGACAUAUUUUCCGCCGUCAUCCAGGUCCCGCUGCUCCGUUGUCCCACAGACAAGAGAAGGGCAGGCAAGCUAGGCACGGCCAGGGUCAAGGAGUUUACGCAAGCGAAGAAGGAAGUGCAGGCGCAGAAGGGGAACGCUGGCCAGCAGCAGAUGAGGCAGGAUUCACCAAACCAGAACCUGAGUCACAUGCCAUAUAUGCCUUCGGCGUGGGAUGUUGCGCAGUUCAUGGGCCCGAGCGAUGUGCGGCUUGGGGCGUUGCCAAAGUAUUCCCCGCCUUGGUGA